AUGAAUAAUGUCAGAUUUUCCUUGCCUUUUUCAAUUCGCUAUGAUUGAGAGAUUUCUGUAUUGGCUGUUAUCGACGAAUUAGCUGCAUCAGUUAUAUUGAAGUAUCCGUAGAAUGAAGCACAUCGAAACAAUACUUGUACUGUGUGCUUUGUUCAUCACCCCCAUCCUAUCGCAAGAUGAAGUCAAUGCAGAGGAGAUUGGCAAUCAUUUCGAGGGGGACAUGAUCCUCAAUCCCGAGCAACUAAUGGCCGUGAAGGAGGAAUCACGGAACGUUUUGAUUGCAUCGAAAUACAAAUGGCCUCACAAUACUGUUCACUAUCGAAUAGAUAUUGAAAAGUUUGAUCCUUCCCAAAUCGAAUACAUUCGCAAAGCUAUGGACACGAUCGAAUCGGUCUCUUGCAUUAAAUUCGUGGAAGCCGGUCAGAUGGCGAAGAAGUAUGUUAACAUAGUGUUUGAGAAGCCAGGAUGCUAUGCGAUUCUAGGAUAUCAAGCAAAGCCGCAAAGGUUGAAUCUAACACCGGCCAGAGUGGGAUUUAAGUGCUUCCGAAUAGGAACGAUCAUGCAUGAGCUGUUGCAUGCACUGGGAUUCGUCCAUCAACAAAGCGCUGCAGACCGAGAUAAAUACGUGAAAAUUUUGUGGAAAAAUAUCGAACCCGAACGCAAACACAACUUUAAGAAGUACAAGUACAGUGAAGUGUCCGACUUCAACGUGAAGUACGAUUACGGUAGCGUUAUGCAUUACCCCGAGAAGUCUUUCAGUAAGAACGGAGAACCUACGAUCUUACCGAAAGAACCGAACGUGACCAUCGGACAGCGUGAUAGACUAAGCGAAGGGGAUAUUUUGAAGCUUAAUCGAUUGUACAAAUGUAAGAAAAAGAAUAGUGGCUAGUGUUUAAGGUUAAUGCUCGAUGAAUAAGUUUGAAAAAUCAUGUCAAAUGAGUACAGUAGAUACUGAAAUAACAAGAAAUUACAGGAUGCACUGAUCUUGAAACAAGAAUAUUUCAUCAAUGGGCUACGCAACAUCAAAAGUAUCAAGUUUUUAGUGAACUGUGAAAAAUAUAGAAUCGCUAAUAAUAAAAAAAAAAACGUGGCGUUAAGAGAAAUAAUUUUUACAUCCUGUCUUAAUCAAAAGGGGCUUGUAAUAC